CCUGCCUCCUCCGCCGCUAGGGGGCGGGCGCGGGUGAGCCCGGCCGCAGGAGGCGGCGGCAAGGAGCGACCUCGGGGCGGAGGCCGAGGCCAUGGCGGGGGAGGAGGCUGCUGCUGCUGCCGCUGCUGCCGCGGAAGGGAAGGGCGCCGGGAGCGGCGGCGGCUACGACCGCAAGUGCGUGUUCUGCAGGAUCGCUCGCCGCGAGGAGCCGGGCACGGCGCUGUUCCCCAGCGAGUAUGAAGACCUUGUGUGCUUUAAGGAUAUCAAACCUGGUGCACCCCACCACUACCUGGUGGUGCCGGUGGAGCAUCUGGGAAACUGCAAAACACUCAAGACAGAACACAUACCCCUAGUGAAGAGAAUGAUGGAAGUUGGAAAAGCUGUCCUCCAGAAGAAUAAUGUCAGUGACUUGAGUGACAUAAGGAUGGGUUUUCACUGGCCUCCCUUCUGCUCAAUAGCCCACUUGCAUCUCCAUGUCCUGGCCCCAGCCAGUCAGAUGGGAUUCUUAUCUAGGCUCUAUUACAGGAUCAACUCCUACUGGUUUAUCACGGCUGAGCAACUCCUUGAGCGACUGCAAACUACAAAUGCUGCCAGCUGAGAGCACUGUGAGCCCUUUGUCACCAGCCAGCUGGUUCUUUGAACUCUGAUUUAAGGUUGCACAGUUUGAUGUUACCAAUAAUACACCAGGAUAAAAAAAGCUUUAGUUCCUUAUGAGGAAAUGCACAGAGAUUUUGUGGCUGCCAGCCUGAUGCUGUUGUUGGGAUACUUCAAUCUCUGUACUCCUCUGACAAAAAGGUGAUGUCUCUUAACUCUGAUUUUAUAUUGGUGUAUCUAUACAGACAUAAUUCAUACACAUGUGAAGGGAACUUUUCCUAGUAGUAGAAGGCAGGCUGUAACAGCAGGAUGUCUUGCUACUAAGGCAGUAACUCACUACUGACAGCGUGCAUCUGGUACCACAGGAAAUGCUUGUUGUAGAAUCCAGCUUUUGGUGUAGAGAUGCAUUCUUCUGGGAUAUAAAACAUGGACAUCUCCACCAGCAUUGCUUGUAUGAUCCUUACACCUCGUUGUUAGCAGGUUAGUGGUGCUAAACCACUUGAAUAUCUCUCUUAAUUGCAUGCCAGAGAGAUAGUAAAUGUUGAUACAACAGGUGCCCAAGGUGUAACACUGAAUAACACCCAACACAGUGUGUAAGUGGCUGGAUGUUGGACUUACAGAUUGUUUCCCUCUUAUGUGCACAGUGAUCUCAGUUAAUUGCUGUAUGUUUGCCAAAAAAAUGAAGACUUCAGAGGAAUUAACAUUGAAUUAAUUUAUUAAUUUCUGCCCUUCUGCAUGAUGCUAGAAAAAAAACAACCAAUUGUUUUCGUGUGGUUCUGAUACCAUUGUCACUGGAAGUCCCUUGGAGAUGACAAAUGGCGUGGCUAAAUUUGAUUUUGAAAUGAAGUCAGAGGAGAAACAGGUCUUUAGUGCAGAGAGAAUGGGGUAGGCUUGCAUAACAACAGUAUGAUUGGAAUUUGGGAUAGCAAGGACUCAGCCCAAAACUGGAAUAUGUUGGGCUGCUUACGGAGCUGGCUGCACAUUGGCCUUUGCUGUACAGCUCUGAUGGGCAAUGCUUUGGUUUUCAGUACCAUAUUAAGGUAGACUAUAAAUUAAAACUCAGAAACAGAGAGUGGCUUUUCUUUGUUCACAGAGUGUGUCUGCUGUGUUAUCAGUGCUGCUCCAGGCACAGACCCAGCACCUUCUGGGCUGCUGUGAAGAACAUUACCUCCAUCCCAGCCAGACCUAGUGCCUUGUCAGGCGUACACAGAACCGCAAAGGUCAACUUUGAUGGACCCACUAAUGACAGUAAGGCUGGCAUGGCAAAGAGAGAGAGAACAUCACCUGGCUUCCAAAGUCUUCCUCAUGAACACGACAGGGACUUGCAGCUUGUUUGACAGCACAGGGGCCUCAAACAAGCCCAAACAACCAAGCAUUCAACAGCCCAUUAACGACUGAGGUGAAUGCUCAGUACUUCAUUAGCGUUCCUCAGCACAGAACUGCCUUCCAUUCUCCUUACUGACAAGCGGUCUUGGGCUCAGCAGAUAAUUGUUUUAAUGAGGUUAAAAAAGUGUUUUCUGAAAGGCCUGAUGCUUUGUUUCAGAAUUGCUGGCUAGCCCUGGGCAGGAGCAGUGUGCAGACCCUAUUAUGCCACCCUCUUCUACAGCAGCAUUAUAGCAUCACUUUAAAACGUCCAAAAAUCCUCUGUAGAGCUUUGCAGUGAGGCAAAGAUCAAUAAAAUACUCUCAAGAGUGAGCUCUGCAGCCCUUUUCUCUCCAAGAGCCUGGAGAAGCAAAGGAGAGUUGCUUAGCCACUGCUCCUGGCUCUGUUGUGCUUUGAUCCAGUAUUAGCAGUCUGGGAAAAAGCUGCAUUUUUGGCUGCAUGUUUAGGAUUGACAAAGCUUUAUUUGUCCUCUUUUGCUCAGUUGUUUCACAUAAAAUCCCAACCUGAUGCAAACCCAGAGAAUAAGAUUUCUGUGCCCAAGUUGUAAGUACCCCUCUGAAAGGAUGAAACAGACACAGACGAUGCUGUUAAGGUAGAAUAAUAACAAAGGUUUUGUUUUGACUACUGACAA